AAUGAGCAAUUGGCUUGGCCAUAUCAAACAGGUGUUUUGUAUAGCCACCAGUUUACAGUGUCCUUCGUCAUACAAAUGCGCUUUCUUGUGAUAUUUGUUUUGUGCGGGCUGCCUAUAGUCCUUGGGUGGAGAGGAGGCCGGCGUAUCGACUGGAAAUGGUGGGAGAAGUUGGAGACCAAAGUAUUACAACCAAAGUUGUGCUAUAGGAGGCGUGGUUAUUGCAUCUUUGACUGGCGGGAGGGAUGGUGUCCCGAAGGUUAUGAAACCAGAUGGAACCGACAAUGUGGAUAUUAUGGGGUUUGCUGCAUCUUUCCGCCAAGACCCAUAACGGCAGUACCACCAACACUAAUAACAACAUCUCCACCUAAAGUGACGGAGUUUGAAUGUGGUGUUAGUAAAUUUGGUGCCGACGCGAUGAAGUGGCGGAUUGUUGGCGGUCGAGACGCAGAUCACGGUGAAUAUCCAUGGCAGGUGUCGAUUUUGUACCUUGGUGUCCAUUGGUGUGGUGGUACCUUAAUCAACAGAGAUUGGGUCAUGACAGCUGCUCAUUGCUUCAUAAGUAAACCUGCCAGAGAUUUCUCAAUCAUUCUUGGACAGCAUCGCCUAAACGACGACGAUAAAACAGAACAGCAUAUUGGUAUAUCCAAAAUCAUCGACCAUCCGGAAUAUCACUUCCAUGACACCGAACACGACCUCUCAUUGGUCAAACUAAGUCACGCGGGCACAUAUAAUGAUUACGUCAUACCUGCAUGUUUGCCUGGGAAAGAGGAGGUAUUCGAGGGGAUGUUCUGCACCGUGACUGGCUGGGGCCACACAGCGGAAAAUGGACUGAGGUCAAACGUUCUUAAGGAGGUUACCGUACCCGUGGUGACGCGGGAUAUAUGCGCAAAGAGGUUAGAAUCGAAGGGGGAUGUCUAUGGGACAAACAUAUGUGCUGGUUAUGAGGAUGGAGGGAAGGAUGCUUGUCAGAGUGAUUCUGGUGGUCCACUGAACUGCCGCAAAUUUGGCGAGAACUGGAUGGUGGCAGGCGUUGUGUCUUGGGGCGAUGGCUGCGGAAAAGCAGAGAAGCCUGGGGUCUACACCAGCGUAGCAGCUUACUCCGAAUGGAUAAAGGAAACCGUUGCAGCAAAUUAGGGAAGCUGCUUUGACGCCGAGGACAGCACUAUAAAAUGGUCAGAAGUGAUACCUUAAUGAACAACAGACCAUGCCACUCUGUCUAUUGGAUUCACUUGAAUGUACACAAUUCGCAUCAACUACAUCGAUGUAUCGUGGCUUUGUAAGCAUAUUAGCUGCAUUUUCGAAACACCCUUUACUGAAAUAUUAGUAUCAAAUAAAACACGACUCCGUCACUCUACAUGCACAUCGUAUCUUUUAAACAAGGACUUUGUUUGAGUUUCAUUAUACUAAGAACAAAGCAGUGCUUACGGCAAAAGCGUUAAUCUAAAUUUCAUUGUUUCACAUCGAACCAAAGUUUCAGCAGUUGUUGGCUAUUAUGGGAAAUGGAAUUCGACAAUAAUAGAAAAAAUAUUCAGAAAUAAAAUAUGAUAAAGAAUGAAAGAUAAACUUUGUUCCGAGGUCGGCCCUGGGUUUAGCAACGACAUUGGCUUUUGUAAUGAUGAUCAGUUCAGUAUUCUGUUCACCACCUUGAGCAGUGUACUCUCAUGGUUCCGUUUCUCUAUCAGACAUUUUAACCUGAGACUACACGAUGGACAGUCCAACCCGACAAGCUCGCCCAUUCAACAUUAUACUUUCCUCCGGCGAAUUUGACCGGAAGUAUUUCAUUCUGACUGUGACGGUGAAGCAGAAUUGGGGGUUUAUGAUUUUUUACUUGAGGAAAGAUAUGACUGCAAAAACGUCUUCAACAACACUGACAUGACACUGCUUCAAGUUUUUUUAGCCGGUUGUUUAAAUGUUCUUGUUAGAUUGAUGAAUAAUAUUCGUGGAGCUGGUGUGUCCAUCGACACUUACAUGUAAAAGCUAUACUCACUAUAAUCAACCAAACUCCCAUAGACAUGGAUAUUUUUCUUUUGCAUCUUUAACGAUUUCAAAUCCGGCUACGUUUAAAGGGAGUAUAAGUGUCGACCAAGAUUGUCAUACAAAAUGUCACUACUUCAAAGCAUGGCCCGUAUCCGGUUACGCCGUUUUGUUAUGUUCUUAUUAGGCGGAAGUUGGCAAAACAGUCAGCUUUCUACCAUGCUCAGGAAAUUAAUUUGAUCUUUUCAUUAUAAAAUAUAUGAAACUUCGAACUAUACGCACACAGUACAUAGUUCCAGGAUUUAAAUAGAGCAUGGUUGUUUAAUUUUGAUUGCAAGGGUCAAGUGUUCGUGAUGCAGUUCUCGGGUUUAGUGAUAAUCUGUGUUGUGCCUUUCAAUUCUGGUAAAGGCUCUGGGAAAAGAAAACAGGACAUCACAGUGGCUGUGUUCCAACCUGCUUAUACUACAAAUGAAAUCAAAAAGGAAAUAUACCUCAGAUAUAAUUUCACCAGGUCUCCAGUUGAGUGCUCUGUUCUCUCCCUGCCGGAAGAAGGUGUUUUUUAUUUCGUCUACAGAGGAAAUGUUUGCAAUUUUCACAGAGAUACCCCAGCCGCAAUCUGUGAGAUUGGACUGACGAGGCUGCCCGGUGUAAAAUACAUGAGAAAGAAAUUUGCAGGCGAACCUUCUUGGAGUUUCACAAGUGAAUUCUCAAUGAAAGAUAUGAACUUUUUAAGCGUGUACGGAGGAGUAUAUUAUCAUUACUAUAUGAAAAGGAUGAUCAUAGAAUACCCGUUAAAGGGCGGCUGGAGAUUUCAAGCAUUCGAAAAGGAUGAAGCAAGCAAAAGUUUUAUUCUCAGAAAUGAGCCACCCGCCCUGAGUGAUAUGUUGGAUAGCAUUAGGGGUGGCCUCGUCGAACACGGACUGAUAAUUUGGCAAAGAAAUAAAGCCAAGUGGAGGAUGAACUUAUAUAAUAUAGAAACGGGACAGUAUACAGGGCGAAUUGUAUGGAUUGAUGCUUAUAGAGACACUGGUGACAACUGCUUACAAUAUCAACCCAUUGCUUUAUUCUUUGUAGGGAAGUCGGCCAUCGUCCGUUGCCCCAUUACGAAGACAUCAUUCAGGUAUUUCUUCUUCGACCAGUAUAAAGAAGAGCUUCAGAGGGGUAUGAGGAAUAUCGAUCUCGGAGAAGGGAUGCUUUUGCGCGAGGUUGGAGAUAUGCAUCACCCAUUGUGUGCCCGCGAUGGAAUAUUUGCCAUGGCGUACCAAUCAACGAAGACCGAGAUCAGUGUAGACGUCAUUCGAGUAGGGGUGAAAGACGGUGACACCUCGCUAACAACAAAUUUUAAGCUUAACCUUGAUAUUUUGGGAAACAUGUACGGAACUGACGGCCUAUGGCGAAUUUACGUCAUAAAGAACACUGUGUUAUUGAUAUUUAAUCAGUGUACUCCGACUAAGAUUUUCGUGUACAAUGUGGUUGAGAGAGGUACGGGGAUGGAUACUGUCAUUGAAGCCAUUCCAUAUCCCGGCAACCCGAUCGUGACUCCGCUAGCUUUCAAGUAUAGGCGGUUUUUUUUUGACAACGAUGGAAACUACUAUGAUGUCAUGAUAGAGUCUAUGACACAACCAAGACGCAUUAGCACUGAAGAGAUGCUGAAAGUGACGUCUGUUAAAAUGUUCAACAUAUCGGAAUUGGAGUUUUGAAGUCGUGAAUAUGUUUUGAAUUGACAGGUAAAAAGUUGUUCAAGAACCAAGUGCAUGUUUAAGUACAUUGUAUUAAGUGCAAUCACAAUCACGGGUACAUGUACAUUAUCAUCCGGUUUAAACAGAAAAUACGUCAGUGGUUAAAAGAGAUAUAAAAAAAGCGUAACGUCAAUCGUUGACACCCAGACGACACGACUAUAGAACAGAACUUCCCCCGGUGUAAAAGUAAAUCAUGUCAAUGAUGAUUGUUCAGGGAUUUAAAACAAACAGAGACAUGGUCUUAUAUCUCUGUGUCGUCGGCUGUCGUAUCUCUUCCAAGUUCUUGAUCACAGGACCAAGGUUGAAGCAACUCGGUCAGUAGCCAGCGUGGCACCUGUCUUGUAGUGGAAUAUACGAUCUGGAAAGUCGCAACAGCUUAUGACAAAUAUUCCAUAUAAAAACACGAGAUAAAUAAUUGGGACACAAGCCGUCUCCUUGUUUCUUUUGCGAUCAUGACAAAUAGCCGACAUCCGUCCUCCCGGCGUCGUUUUCUGUCAGCUGAUGCCACACGUAUCUUGCCGCCAACAGCAAAACGAGUUAAAAUAGUGUAUCAACCAUGUAUCAGAAAUGUUACGAUGACACUGUUGAAAAUGAUGC